CCCGUCAUUCCAAGAUGUCUGCGCCUUUGGUCGUUCCUGCCCUCAAGCGACACACUGCCACUGUCAUAGUCGCGCAUGGCCUGGGAGAUAGCGGGGCUGGCUGGUGAUGCGCGCCUGGAUGUCGUCUUGUGUGCAGUCACUGAUAGACAACAGGAUCUUUCUAGCAGAGAACUGGCGUCGUCGCAGCAAGUUUGAGGAAGUCUCGUUCGUCUUCCCAAAUGCGCCGAGUAUUCCCAUCACCCUGAAUAUGGGCAUGCGCAUGCCGGGAUGGUACGACAUUAAGUCUCUGAGCUCACUCACCGACCGCUCAGAAGAUACUGAGGGCAUCACCAAGUCCCGCGACUACUUCCACUCCCUUAUCGACCAGGAGAUUGCAAAGGGCAUCCCCGCGAACCGCAUCGUGAUCGGUGGAUUCUCGCAGGGAGGUGCCAUGUCGCUACUGUCAGGCGUCACAUACAAGAACCAGUUGGGAGGCAUCUUUGGUCUCAGCUGCUACCUGCUGCUGCAGAGGACGAUCAAGGAUAUGAUCCCCACAGACACGCCUAACCAGAAGACACCCAUCUUCAUGGGGCAUGGCGAUAAGGACAACGUGGUUGCAUACAAGUACGGGCAGAUGAGCGCCGAAGAACUCACCAAGUUGGGAUACAAUGUCGACUUCAGGACAUACAAGAACCUCGCACAUUCAGCCGACGCCGAGGAGAUUGAUCACCUCGAGUCCUACCUCAAGCAGCAGAUUCCGCCACUUGGCGAUGCUAAACUAGAACCUACUCUCUGACUCCCGAACCGAACCUCGACCUUUUCUGUAACGACUGAAGUAACAACGGGGCUGGUGUUGUUCAUCACAUUGGCCGUCGCCUGGUUUGCGUGGUAUAGGAAGCGAGGAGAUGAGAUGGAGCAUAGAAGUGACUCUGGACAAUGAGCGCUAAUUUAGAGAUACCAUGAGCUUCCUACACACGUUCUUUGCCCUCUCGUUUGGUAGUGAUGAAGUACACAAAUCAAGCUAACUAUAUGGCAUGCUAGGUCCUGUUCCUCCACAGCCGCAAAGGGUUUGUGGAAACGGCCUGGGUCUUCGGAUACUACCACUCUAUCUUCAUCGUGUGCUGAAGUAUUUUCAGACGUGCCAUAUUCUCCAAAGACGC